AUGCUAAUGAUGGCUUCUUUUCGGGUGGAACAACUCCUUUUCAAGAAGGACGAGCACGAGACUGAAUCGGCCGCCUCAUUAUCACCCGGUGAACCGUUAUCGCCUACGUUCGACGGCGGAGCUAACCUCGACAGCAAUACCAACUUCACAUCUUCCCAUCUGCUGCCCCAAGUAUGCCUGACUGGCACCUUGGCUGGAAAAACGAGUAAGUCGUCUGGGUGUUUUUGCUAUGGCUCCAGAACUUUGAAGUUUUUUGUCGUUUUGAGACAAUCUUUUGAUGUUAUUCUGCUUAUUAAACGGGCCUAAAAACUGUGAUGACCGGAAAUAGAAACGUCGUCGCCUAUCUGAGGAUUAAAUGUACGCAAACGAAUUAUUGUCAACGUUUUCCUCCAACCUUUUAUAUCCGAUGGAUCGGUAAGGAAUAGCUUUAACAGUGGUGGUACAUUAUACCGGACAGUGUGAUGACCCGUUUUUUUGCCUGUACCAUGUGUGCUUUUUCCAUUUAUACAAUCUUGUACUUUUGAUCUGUACUUUAAAAUCAAGGGGUUUUAAAACUAAGAAUGCGUUUUGCGAGGUAAGAUGUGGCUAUUCAGCCCUACCUGAUGGACACAAUACUUUUGGGUUAGUGUGUAGGGCUGCGGUUAAGGGUUAGGCUUAAAGGGUUGGGGCUAGGGUUGUUUUUAGGGGGUAAGGUUAGAUGUUGGGGUUAGGUGCUAGGGCAGCUAUUUCUCAGCCAUUCAAAGUACAACCGCGCAUCCCCAAUAGGUUUCCUUUUUCAUACGAUCGCUUGACCUCGUCGCCUGUGCGUUCCCCGGCUCCACCUGCAAGAACCCCCUAGUACAGCCGGUCCCGUGUUACAGCUGACUGGAGUUUGUUUACUUCAGGCGGGGUUACAUAACCACAUCUGGUCCUAUGCUCUUUGAACAGAGCCCUCAGAAGAUGGGCUGUUUCACCCUGUUGCGGCAAAAGAGCAAGUAUGGUAUCUUUGGAUUACGCAGUUGCUGGUGGUUUUCAUCUGUGAAAGUCCGCCUAGGUCUUGGUACGCAGAGUAGGAGAGUCUCGGUUUGCCGGUUUAUGCGUCCCGGUCAGUUCCCUAGACUCUAGCCAGCUGACCUAUCUUGCAGCUGGCUUAUUCUUUUGAUGUCCCAGCAAUUAUCCCUGGCUCCUUCAAACUAGAGUCGUAAUGCGUGGGGUUGUGUGCCAGUCCGUGCUGGUUAACCGUUCUCCCCCUCACUGUUAACUUCUGUUAAAAUAAGGAAUAUUCCAGUUUUGUCAAUCUUUCCUGCGUCAUUGCAAAAGCAGUUAGAGACGGAAGACUGCUAGAAAAGACCGUAUUGAGCCCUCAGCGCUUAAUUAACAGGUAGUACAGUCAGUUGGCGACAACCGUGCCUAGACCUACGGAAAUGUGCGAGUCACCUCGCACUUAUAUCACUGUCAUGGUGCAGCGAAACGCCAGCCUUCUAUUAACUGGCGGGUAACUCGGACUCAGUGGACGUGGGCAUGCAAAAUCCGUCAGCAUAUGACGGAAAGAGUAGUGUAAAAGAAAUAACCAGCACAAGUAUUGUGACUUUACUGCUAUCGCCGAUCGGAAACAUACAUUAGUCUUUCCCUGUCUUGGAAACUUUGUAUGUCCGCUCUGGCGAUAGGGGCUAUGGGCUCUCGGCAAUUUCUUACUGUCUAACUCCACCUAGGCUUCUGAAGCCCGGACCUCAGUGGGAUUAUUUCCCCCCCCCUCAAGUUGCUGGCUGUUGAUACAAUCCAAAAUCGAAACUUGUUUUUGCCUGCACAACGCUUGCUCUUCCUCGACAAAGGCUUAACACGCGAUCAAUGUGAAACCCUUCCCAACAGUGUAAUAAUUGUUUCCUUUUGCUGCACACCACAAAUCCCGCUGUCCAGUAUAUCCGCUGAGAGGAUCGAACUCCAUUCACUUCAACCGUGUCAGACGAUGGAAGCUCCAAAGGUGUUAGAGGUCCUUGCGUGCAGCAAAAACAACCUCACGAAGAGAAACUAUCUCACAGCAGUGCUGUACGCCUAUCUACCUAGAUUCCCAGACGGAAAGGGGUGGCUCCUUUUUACCAUGGAGUACAGGUGUUGCGGUCUGCGGUUGUGGUCGCACGACAGCCUACUAUCAACAAUGUGGAACAGUUAGUGGCAAGGCCAGGGACACUGAAAUGCCAGUUUAGGCCUAUUUUUCAUCAUCACCAGCAUUAUCUCAACUCCCGGUUGCGCGUGCGACGUUCGAACCUGAGUCAGUUGAUUAUCGACCACUGCUCUCACCUCUGGGCUGCAGGUUCGCAUCCUGUCAGUUAACGACAAUAAUAUGUCGAAGGGGACCAUUCCAACAUUUCAGUCCAUGCCAGUACGGCUUAUCGGUUAAGACAGACUAGGAACGGUGAAGGAACGUUGCCUUCUUUGCUGUAGCAGCCGUUACUUCUCCUGAAAGAUGCGAUCCUGCUCACGUAACGAACGACGACUAAUCCCAGGGGCGCGGACGAGUUGGCAGCUAGUUAUAUCAGAAGAAGGUAGAUUUGUUGGUGAAGAUAUAAUACAUGUUCUGCCUGUUCUGUCUGCUCACGGAUGACACCUUAAAUGCCCUGCUUCACCCCAGCCAGAGACAGCGAUGGUGAUACAGCAAAAGGUUGCCCUUGAGGGGUUCACCCCAGCACUCUGUCUACCUGAGUAGGAGUUCUUCUGAGAUUUAAUCCCUGCAUAUCUCAGUUCAAGUUAAUCGCGCAGGCGUUGUGACCAGCCAGUAAUCGACCGAGGUGUUUCGAGGCCCUGUCGGGGAGAAUACUGGACCUGGCGAACCUUGCUGUUCGAGAAUAGAACACUGACUGAGCAGCCAUUGCUGAGAACCUAGUCUGCAAUUGCAGGUCAUGGACAGCACUGGUUCGUCGUGCUGGGGACUCCAUAGCUGGCUAAACCAGUAUUGAUGGCGAUCGGCAUAUGCACAGGCGAAAGAAAUCACUGGGAAAAGAACGACCAUAGGAUUGCAUCGGUUGACUGUACAGAUGUUGAUGAUGGAGACACGAUCGCCGGGACAAGAGCUUUAUUAGCCAGACGUUUCGGCUUCCUGCUCGAACCUAUCAUCAGAGAAAAAAGCAGAUAAGGGCGGUUCAUGCAUAUGCGGCUGCAGUAUUUAUAGGGUGCAGUAGCCAUGCUACCGCAUACCUAUGAAUAUUCACGGCUCCCCCUCCUCCCCUUCCCCCCUUCAUCAGGGAUCGUUGCACGUGGCGUGAUGGCCGACAUUCGCGUCGUUAAUGGCUGCAAUUUCAUCACGUGCGUUGGAUGUUGGUGUGAUGAUUGCUCGACCAUCUGACGCGCUGACCCUGGUGUUGGGAAUAGUGUUCACCUGCGCGCUCCCCGAGUGGCCAAUUAUUCCGCUUGGGCGAAGUCUCAGCACCGAGUAUGGAAUGGGAAGAUCAUUGCACUUGUUAAUAGACUGGGGACCAGUCUAAUUUUCCAUUAUUUUCUCUGGCUGACUCAGAAUCCACAGUCCCAGUUUACGAAUUAGCAUAAAGACAAUAAUUACUGGUCAACCCCACUACAUAUUCCUCCUAUGCGUCAUCCUCAAAGCUGGGCUUUUUUUCAUAUACUCCUGUCAGAGUACGGACUAUGGAUGAGGGUUAGCUACACAGUGUACUUUCCUACUUUCUCAACAGACUUCAGCAAGAUUUUUGACGUUUUAAUUCUCGCCUAUUGGAAACAGCACAGCAAAGACGCCCUCAUCUGUUGUUUCUCGGUGACAUUAGAGCUGAUAAUAAGUGCAUAUAAACCAGUCCCGUUCGAGAUUUCAUAUAUUUUUGAAGUUUAUCGGAAGACGACCAUGUAUGAAUGGAGGUAAAAAUUUCGUCUCAUGAACUGAAUCGUGUGGUUAAUACACUUAUACUGGCUUUACGGGACGAUCAGUCUGAGAAGACCAGCCUCCAUAACAUCUCAGCAGCCGAGAUAUAACCGAUGGCCAGCUGAAGAUCAAAUUUCGUUAUGAUACGAGUAACAGAGGUUAUUUUUGGUGCUGAGCAAAAGAAGAAUUUUUAAGUCAACUGAGAAAGUUAAACCACUGGUUCAUAUUAUUCGCGAAGAAUUACUAGUCAGAAGGGCACUUUGAACGAAUAUUGCAGCUCCGAAUUGGAUUAGAUAUCGGAUAACUUAAGCAGGCGUGUUCAACCGAACACCCGUUUUACACAGUUUUGCUUAGAUUCAGAGGUGCACUUCACUCACAUCUGUUCUUGUUAUCUUAGCUUGUAACUGCAUCAAGGUAAAACUCACUGCUUUUGUUCAGAUGUUCCCCUUAUCCAAAUGUCUCCCAUCCUCUCUUCUGGAUUGUGGAGGCGGGUUACCCGACAGUCUAGCUGUUGGCUAUCAGGCGCGUCCACGGGUGGCGGACGGGGGGGGGGACAGCAAGGUUAACUACAAAAUAAGCAUUCUCUUGGACCUGGCGAGUAAGCAGUCGCGGACCGGCAACCACAACGCUACCAAGUCGCGUAGGGCUGAGGUCCGGAACGCCGACUGCCUUAUGAAAUGCCAAAGACCCCGAUGACAGCACUGUGACAUGGCGAUCGUGAAUGGCUGCUGGAAAAGUUUGCUUGCCACCGUUGCCUUGUGGGUUGGUGCUUGUGCCAAAGAGCUAGAGGAUACAACCCGGUCGGAUGUGGUUUGGUAGCCCCACCUGAUUUAAACAAAUCCCAGUCACUUCUAAUGCAGGGGCUUUUUACAGGUAGGGCCGGGGAACGCACAGGCGAUGAUGUCAAGUAGUUGUAUGCAAGAGAAAAGCUAUUGGGAAUGCGCGGUUGUACUUUUAAUGGUUGAGAAAUAAUUGCGCUAACCCCUAACUCUAACCUUAACCCCUAACCAUAGCCCCUAACCCUUAACCCCAACCUCAACAAUAUUGUGUUCAUCAGGUGGGGCUACCAAACCACAUCUUACCUACAACCCCAAGCUAGCAGCCCGAGCGGGUAUUGGGGACCCGCCUGUAUUCAACAUUCCCAAGAAACCUCAGGAAUAUGUCCGAAUACUGCUAUGCAAUGCUGCUUGCAGGAUUUUCUCAAUCCUUAGAAAGUGCCUAUGAAUCUGACGCAACAUCUCUAUCGUCACGAAGCUUCGCGUGUACCGUGCUUCUGUCCGGUCAGUCCCCCUCUACGGUUGUGGAUGUUGGGCUUUGCGCACGGAAGAUGAGCGAAGACCACCGCCGCCGCCGCCGCCUCCUGACGACUGUCCUUUGAGUGGAGAUCGCCGACUUCGUCUCAAAUGACGCGUUCCGAACUGACUGCGACAAUAUCACGAGGGUUCUUAAGCCAUCCAGGAAGGACGACUGAGGUGAUUGCACACGUCCUCCGACGUCCACCUCAGGAACUUAGUUAUACUGCUCUCGAUCAGGAGCCGUUGUCCACCUGCAGACGUCAAAGAGGUGGUCAGCACGAGACCGGGCAAGACACGUCCUGUCAAGACAUGAAAUUGGUUUUCGGAUCUCUAGUAUUCGGUCUUUGUAGCUGGAAAAUAAAAUGGGUGAAGAUGCUGCAAAUCGUCCGCGUGGAGAGGUGAAAUUCGUGAAAUCAUUGAGGUCGGCUUGAUCACGCAUGAUCGCAGUAACAUCCAGUACAAGGACUGGCCCAUGUAUAAGAUCUUACACCGACUGUUAAUAUAAAGAAGUUGAUUUUCUGAUUCGAAUUACACUUGAGUUCAUAUUGAAAGAUUCACACGGCACUCGCCCUAAUAAUGACCCUCUCCCCACAUCAGUGCACUUUCUCAUGCGUUUUGACAGAAUGAAGCAAAGUCAUAGGCGGCCCAUUGGGGGUUUUGAACAUACUCAUUAAGUCUAGAUUUCAAGUAUAGCAUAAGAUUGAUUUUCAGUGAAGCUACUUACGUGCUUUUUGCGCAUUUUAUACUAUUACCCUUGUUUCGUUGAAUUUUUGUUGAAGUUUCUGCGAGUUAAGUCGCCGUCAGAGACGACCAUUCAACUACCCACCUUGGUCACCCAUAGGACCUUGUGUAUUCCGUGUAAUUUUUCAGUGCUUCUAAACUAGACCUACUGUCUCUUUUCAAGUUUGCAUUUCAUCUGGCGGAGGGCGAAAUAAUUAGCGACCCUUCUUAGCGGUCGUCAGUCAGUCAUCCGGGACCUGGGAUCAGAAUCCCACUCGGCCUUGCUUAUACCGACUGAUCCAACAUUUCACGCUUACGAAACUGCAAGUAGAUCACCUCUUUUCUAGGGCCUAUGGGCCGCAUAUCCUACACCCAGCAGGCGAAUUUAUCACGGAACAUAGGGAACAACUUAAAUCAAUUCAGACAUCAGGUCUGUCCAGCGCACGAUUGGGAAUGAGGUCAUAAAUAGUCAUACCAGUCAGCCUUGGUCUAGAUCGCAGUUGGUAGCCAGGAACGGGGAAAGCGGACGGCGACCUUAACCCUAAUCCUAACCUUAACCCUAACACUAACCUUAAACUUAAACUUUAACCGUUAACCCUAACGGCAACCUUAACCCUAGGCCUAAUCCUAACCGAAAUCGUAAACGUAACCGUAGCCCUUAGACAUAGCCCCAACUGUAAAACCUGACCGUAAUACUGAAGCCUAAUCGUAAACUCCAACCCUAACCGUAACCAGAAAACCUAAGCCUAAAGGACAUGCUCCUAACCCGAAAAUCGGAAACUAUUAACCGGUAUCCUAAUCCUAACCUCAAACGUAAAACGAAGCCAAAUGGGUCAGAUGCGAUUAUCUAGCCCCACAAAAUGCCCCAGUAAACAAACCCCAGCCAUCUGUCAUACGGGGUCUGGCUACCAACUGAGAUCUAGUCCAGCCUUGUUUUUAUAAGUAACGAUUCACCAUGACAAACUGCCAUCGCGUGACCACCUGGGAAUGCUCUAGGACAGAGCCCCAAAGUAGAGCGUCGGACUACUUAAACCUCAAAGAAAACAGAACCCGUGCUCGAAUCCCAGAUGCCGAAGACCUGGAGUUGACUGUGGCUGUCUGACGACGGCUAACGAGGCGGAAAGGGCCACCCCAGUCUGCCUUUUCUAAGUCCGUAUUUCUUUGCUGCAUACGCCACUAGUCACCACGCGACUGCCUUCGAUGGCUCAACAUUGAGCCCACCGGGGUGCAGUGAAAGCAGCGUGUCCCGUAACCCGCUCGCCAAACAUCCUAAUAGUUCCAGUCGCAACCGACAGGACAACAGGCCCGCAACCCAGUGGUACAACACUGAACUACCUAAUGCUCAAUAACCAAAGAAUUCAAGUGCGAAUCCCAGGUCUCGCAAACCUGGGGUUGAGUAUGGCUGGCUAACGACGAGUAAUAAGCCAUAAUUGGCUAUCCCAGUCUCCCUACUCUUUGUCGGUGCUGUUUCCUGCACAUAAUCCUGGCGGCUAUUCGACCGCCCGUAAGGUGCCAAGGAACCCUAAGGCGCAACCGGACGGACAAGUCUCAUAACCUGAUCAGUGAGCGCGCUUCCUAAGAUUAUACAUAUAUGCUAUUUAUAACAGAUAUUACUAGUGUCUACUUCAUCAGUUAGUCUCAGUUGCCUUAGAGGCACGAUACCUCCCCAGAGUCUCCAACUACAGGCCAUGAGUACUACUUCAGGGAACCAGUUCCGAGUGCUAACAGCCGGUUGUGCAAAAAUGGGCUGUCGAACAUGCGCUGUUUGAACAGUUUUUCGGAGUGCCUAUGAAAACUAGGAAUCAGUGAAUUUCAAUUCUGAUAAAACAAUUAUCCAGGCAUAUUCACCGUUUCCCAUAAAAAGCUCGGUCCUGACGAUAUCAUGACAAAUGGCAAGUUGCUUUAGCGGAAGUCAACGAGUGCAGACCGCGCUCCAAAACCGCAGAGAGACCCGAUUGACUUUAUAGAUUCAAAUGCAUUUCAUAGAAAUGAUGUAAAGAAAUAUUCUUUAUUGUGUUCAAAUGACAGAAAAUCACGUCUUCUUUCCAUUUUACAUUCGAAAAAAUGUUUUCGCCCGGUUUUAAAAUGUCAACAAUUGCGAGUGAUUUAAGGCCGUGAAAUUUUCAUUUCAUACAUCUUUUCUGUACGUCUAUAGCGAUUGCAAAAUUUUAUGAGCUCUAUAUGAUAUCUUCGGAAUAGCACUGGGAAAUAUAUGAUAUUACUUACAGGUAUACAGUUUGUGGAUUGCAAAAUUCAGACGCAAAUUCAACAACGGGCAGAGCUCAGAUUUAUUGGGGAAUUGAAGCACUCUUUUAAAGUCUAAAUUUAUCGUUUUUCGUGCAUAAAAUUUGAAGUGUGAUUUUCUACCGAAGGAGCGCAAAAAAAGAAUACUUUUGUGGAUCUUUGUAAGAUAUUUUUGAAUAUAUAAGGACGAUGAAAAUCAAUAGAGAAAAUGUAUACUAGUUGAGUAGUCAUUUUUAUGGAGUGCGGUUCCUGUAGGCGAUCAAAAAGAUGUGCAAACCAUAGCCGACAUGCCGGCCUGUCUGGCAUAUUAUUGGAUCAUGCAGCGCAAUGGUCAUUUUUACAAUCAUAUUUAAGUUGUCUUCUCUGACCGAAACCACAUUUCAGAACUUCUGCCGGCUUUUUGUGAAAUCGGCAGCUGACAGCACAAGCAAUAUACAGAUACACUGGAAAGAUGUUUCUUCGAUAUCCGUGAAGGCAGAACAAAAUAACUCCUGUAUAAGGCUAACAAUGGGUGCGUAAUGCGGCUAGCAGAAAUCAGGCUUCUAUUCUGCACGGCAUCUGUACAAACUUGAGCAUCCGUAUAUUCGCUCGGAACUUAAACCUUCUAUAGAAGUCAAUUUGACGAUCAUAAGUCUGCUUUCAGUAAAUUCUAUUGCGGCCUGUACGUUUAUGUGGCUACUGAAAUAAUGAAUCAAAAGAUACGAGCACUAUUUCAUUAUUUUAAUGGCCAUAUAGAUGCACAGGCCUGAAGAGAAUCUAUCAAAAGCAGACGUAUGCUCGCCAAAUUGUCUUUUGAAUUUUUCAAUGGUAAUUUUCACAACCCUUCUAUGGAACUUUGUUUACAGUGUUCAAAAAAUAUCCCGUUUGACGCUAAGUCACUCAUGACCUCUAAACGGUUGACUGAAUUUUCCCAAAAUAACAGGGAAUGAAUGACCCGCGAAGGGACGGAAAUUACUGUGACCAACAGAACACAAUUACAUGCAUGAUUAAGUGGAAGGCUGGUUGAAUGAGCGUAACACCGUUCAAAAUUUAGAAGGCUCACUGCAAGAGCAUGUUUUGGGGACCUCAGUAGAUACCUGGAAGCACGAAGCACUCGCAUAAACUUACAUAAGCACAUGCAAUGAAACAUUCCGGUGAUUCAUCAGCAUAAGCAGCAAGGGGCUGCGUCAAGUCGUUUCCAUCGCAGUAUGCGCAGCGUAUUAGCCAACGAUACGCGCAAACAGGCGGCCUCGUACACCUGUGCUGCCUUGUUGCUGGACAGCGACGCAGUGCACAUUAAUGGACCGGCUGGUAUGGCUCCGACGCAACAGAAUGCAGUAAAAUGAACUGCGUUCUGACGGGCAGUGGCUAAAAGCGGCCUCUGGGAGCAACGCACUUAUCGCUGCUCUCCACUUGACAGGUACAUGCCACGGGGACAUUUUCAGACACCCAUCUCUCUACAUCGGGGUCUACAAAAGGACUGCAAUUACACUUCACUGCCCAUUCCGAGCUUCGUUUGCAUCUACUGUUUGUGAAAACAAAAAUUUCUUGUCCCUAGAGACGUUUUGUUCUUGACUUGGAGCAUUUUUUAUCUAAAGGCGAAUACUUCUAAGAUUGUCUGUAUGCUCAAAAGCCCUUAGUUGCAAAGAAACUGACGACUUUUGCAAAAACGACAACAAAAAGUUGAACCCUAGUCCUCUUUUCAAGUCUGCUGGCACUUUUUCAGGCAAGACACGGAAUACAGGCGGUCUUGCGAUAAUUCCAGGAAAGGUACCUAUCCCCGUGUCUUUACCACAUCCUUAACCAUAAUCUGUUUGGCAUCUAACGCAAGGCCACCUGUAUUCGGUGGGAGGGGGGGGGGGAGUGGGAGUUCUAUUACCGUGUCCUACCUUUUCCCGUUAGAUUGGUUAAAAGUUGUCCAUCAGAUCAGCAAGUAUAGGCAAGUCUCAGUAAAUACCCGACGGACUCAUUUUUGAAGUAUUCUUCUUCUUGUCCAGGCGAUGAGUCUGAAGGUCGAAACGAACAUCCGGACAAAGAGAUGGACAAUUCGGCGUCGCAGGUUACAGGGGCGGCCGCGGUGUUCACAGUGCCGGAAGCGCUGGAAAGUGCUGAGACAAUGGAUUCUGUGACUGGAGAUGGAUACUCGAGCGCUUGUACUGCCUCUGACGUGCACAAAUUUCAGAGGCUACAAGCACCUGCCGAUUUCAGCGUUGACGCCGAAAACCCUCAACCCUGCAGUCGUGGCGCAGCUAGCAGUACCUUUAAGCACCGACGAGCACGAACCGCCUUCACCUACGGACAGCUAAUGGCGCUGGAAAACAAGUUCAAAACAACCCGCUACCUGUCCGUGUGCGAACGAAUGAAUAUGGCGAUUUCACUGAAUCUGACAGAAACUCAGGUACUUUGGCCUGCCGUGGAGGCAGCUUGUAUUUUACCAAUGACACAAUUUACUGACGAUUUUUUUGCAGCAGCUAGCUAUUUACCUUCAUCAGGGUGGAAGGACAAAUACAACAUAACUACCUACCUGCAGUCAGAAGGAACUUCAUGCCUUAUAGACUAUAUUGGAGCAAAAAUUUGUCGGACAGUUAACUAAGCGUUUAUUAUCAAACUGAACGCAAUUAGAGGAGAAUAUCUUCAUGGUCGCAUCCAAAAGAGCAUUUGAGUAAGCCCUAAAGGAUAUGAUGACCUAGGCAGUAACCUUUUUGCGCCAUAAUUUGCUGCUUCAAAUGUGAGGAAAACCGGUUCCGGUAAUUGAUAAAUUAUUGUGUAUUUCAGGUAAAAAUUUGGUUUCAGAACAGACGGACAAAGUGGAAAAAAGAAAAUCCCUCCGAAAGCCAUCAUCUCUGCUCUUCAGGUAGACAGACAGAUUCAAUCAGGACAAUCAACCACCAGCCUAACCCAUGUGGCAGUAUUUGUAAACUCGUAGAAAACGACUCCGUCGAUAGUACGACUGAGAGCAGUGAUGGUUCGUCGCAGACAUGCAACGAAAACAGCAGGCCGGUUGAACUCUCGACACCCGGCGCUAACUUUCUGACCUCCCCUGGAGCUAAUCUCUGGCUCGCCUAUCUGUACGGCCAGUUGCAGUCGACGCAACCAGACGCAGACCUCUCCACGAACGUUUCAUUCUUCGGCAGCCAUCUUAACCGUUUGGCAAGUAUGGAUGCGCAAACAGGCCAGCACGGCGUGAACAAUGUCUGCUAG